UCAUCAUCAUCAUCAUCACGCGUCGAAUCGUUCGAGUCUUCCGGGUAUUUUUCGUUCUGGGAGGCAGAAGCUGAAACUUCCUCAUUGUGCCUGAAGCAAUUCGAGCGGCGUUGCACCAUACCUCGCUGCUCUAUCCAACACUCCUGUGGCCUUUUUGUUUUACGUGUGGCAAAGAUGAAAGGAACAGAGCCGCCAAAGGUCGUGCAAGGUCACGAAGUUUCGUCUAUUGGCCACAAGCGCAGACUCCUCUGCCAGCUUACAAUCUUACAUGCUAUCUCCUUGGAGUUGCCUUGUUCUACACGACAUGCUCUCUGCGCGAUUAACAGCAGCAGUCUCCGCACGUCUUGCGGCUUCCUGUAG